AUGAAUAGUGUUCCAGAUUAUUCUCGUUUUUUCACUGUGGAUGAACUCAUCAAUCGUUCACGUAAUCUGGCACUCGAACAUUCGUCUUUAGUACAAUAUCGAGAUAUUGGACAUUCUCAAAAUGGCGAGACUAUUUCAAUGUUAACAAUAGGCAAUGGCGCGAAGUCUCUAUUACUUUAUGCAUGUCCACAUCCAAACGAACCAAUUGGAACACUUUUAAUCGAUUUUUUACUUAAUACUUUAUUCGAUCAUUCUGAGUUACUCAGUAAAUACACUUGGCAUUUGAUACCAUGUGUAGAUCCAGAUGGAACACGUCUUAAUGAAGGUUGGUUUCCCGGUCCAUUCACUAUUAGUAAUUAUGCACGAUAUUUUUAUCGACCACGUUUACAAGAACAAGUUGAGUGGACUUUUCCAAUAACAUAUAAAAACUAUAGUUGGACAACACCUUCGAAUGAAACUCAAGCAUUAAUGCAUGCUAUUCAAUUAGUUCAGCCAGAUUUUGUUUAUGGCUUACAUAAUGCUGGUUUCGGUGGCAUGUAUUAUCAUAUUAGCCAUCCUUUCGCUGAUAUAUUUCCUCAGUUAGCACGUUUUCCAUCUUCAUUAGGAUUAUUUCUAGCUAAAGGUGAACCUGAGGACCCUUGGAUAACUGAGUAUGCACCUGGGAUCUAUCGAACUAUCGGUUUAUCAGAGGCAUAUGACUAUUAUGAAAAACAUACACAAACCGAUCCUGAAACACUCAUGUGUGGGGGUAGCAGUAGUAGUGAAUAUCUUAAAGAGAUUGGUCUACAUAAAACAAUAUUUCUUGUAACAGAAGUACCAUAUUUUCAAUCAUCUGUUGUCACAGAUAAUACAAUCAUUCCAAAUGUUACACGACGCGAUGUACUUCUUCAAGGACUUGAUGAAGAAGAUCAAAGUAAUGCUAUUCUAAUGAAUUUACUUGAACAAAUUAAAACAGCUAUGACACAUGACUCAGCAUUGUAUCGUGCUUCUCGUUCAUCAUUAGAGUUACGUAAUACAAUGGCUACAAAUUAUCGACAAGCUAUCCUGAAUGAUAAUUCUACUCUUGAACCAGCGACGGUUGCCAGUCGGGCAGAUGCAUUAUAUAUUUCAUUAUUUUAUAAAAUGUUAAUUGUAAGUAUGUUAGAUCGUGCAAUCACGUUACAAAUUCAACAAAAAUCUGGAGAUAUAAAAUUACUUGAAAAUGUUCAAAAAGAACUUGAACGUCAUCUUAAUAAUUGGAAAAAUGAUAUUGAACAAAAUUUACCUUAUACACCUAUUCUUAUUCGCACGCUUGUACAAUCACAACUCGGAGCAAUGUUAAUAGUAUUACCACAACUAGACUGA